GUGGAACGGUGUGCAGUGCGACAGCCAGCAGCCCACAGUGGCUAUCGCUCUGCACAGCUCCCUCUCUCUGCUCUCUGGGCUACGUGGAAAUCUUGUUGUGUGGCCGGCCUCACUCCUUGAGCUUCCUUUGGGCGUUGGCCAGAGCCAAAGUUACCGGCGAGGUUGCUCUUUCUCGAGAAAGCAGCGAGAACAAAGACAUCCACAACCAACACCUCCCGCGACGGACUCCGGUCAUCGACAGCACGAACUCCACAUUGCCGCCACCCGCUCGCGCCAAAGGCUGCCAGUUCCAAACCCGAAGGCAGAAGAGACAUGCCGAGCGCAAAGAAGCAGCGAUCUAAGAAGAAGAAGGCGGCGCCUGCAGCUCCCAAGCGCUCGCCGGCCGUAGCUGCCGCUGCAUCCAGGAUCGAGGCCGCCAACGCCACUCUUGAUCUCUCGGCCGGGCUCGAAGCCUUCCUGACCAUUGACCUCCCCGCCGCCGCUGCCGUGUCUGGCGCUGCUUCGCCGACGCCUGUUCCCGCCGAACCUGUCCGCCUCGAGAUACGGUCGCCGAAGACCCUGCUGGACGGAGACGCGCAAGUCAUGUACGACCUCCUCAAGAGCAAUAUGCACGACAUGUACAUGGCGGCCGGUUGGGGCUGGAACAAGGCAGAGAAGUGGCGAGAGAUGGAGCAUCGGGACUCCCGAUUUUUGAUCGCUCGAUGCGGCGCUGAAGUCGACAGUGGUCCAGAGGCGGCAGCGGCGGCGGUGGCGGGGUUGAGAGUAGCAGAAGAGGGGGUUUCCGAGAGCAGCGCGAUGAAUGGUGCGGGGGGGGCAACCGACAGUGAGGAGGAAGCAAGGGCGCCCUCACGGAGGGGAGAGGAGAGAAAGCCGGGGGGCGCAAGAGAACGAAUCGCCGGCUACUGCGAUUUUCGUUUCGCUUGGGAUCAGGACGAAAAUGAGGACGGGGAGGGAGUCGGAGGAAUGGAGGACGUGCUGUACGUUUACGAGUUGCAGGUGGCGCCUUGGGCGACGCGGAGGGGCCUGGGGCGGCGGAUGAUGCAGGCCAUCGAGCUUCUAGCAAAUCGCCACGGCAUGACGAAGGUGAUGCUGACGGUUUUCAAGGAGAACAGGCAGGCAAUGUCGUUCUACACCAAGAAAAUGAAAUACGGCGUGGACAAGGACUCUCCUUCCAACUGGGACCAGCCCGACGAGGUGUACGAGAUUCUCAGCAAGCCUACGAGACAGGGGGCGGCGAGAACGAAGAAAGCACAGAGAACGGCGACGCUUCUGGACUAGCGACAGAGGAUCUCAGUUGAUGUGAGAAGAGGGAAUCCAUCGUCCUCGACAGAGAGACUUUUUUUGAGGUUGUGCCCCUAUAUGAAGGUGAUAUCCGUACUGAAGGAGAGAAGUUGCAAACGGCAAGCAUGAGCAGUAGUGCGUGGACGCAGUGGGGGUCGUUGUGGCAUUCCCGUAUUUUGGUGGAAGGUUCGCGUUUUCUUGUUGCGCCUGUUAUCGCGGUGCCCCGAACCCUGCUCUCGGCAGCCUCUCGGCAGGAGGAAGGCACGUACCACAGGGCUCGCGAUUGCUCUACCACACUAGGGAAGUCCUUGAGAAUUGUGAUGACAUCGUCGAAUUUUCAGCUUUCAUCGGGCUACAACCAGUAUUCCGCAAGGAUUUUGUUCCUCUGCAAGAGAGGAUUCAAUCCUGCAUAUGAUGCUCUUUUUGAAAUUAGACUAGAUAGAGGGAAAAAACGAUUUUUGUCCGGAAAAUGGAUGGUAGGUGGUGUCCGCCAAGAUUGAAGAAACGAACCGUCCAGUCUAGCACGUCAUUUCGCGUGGAGAAUGCGGGGGUGUACAAUUCGAUAAUGCAGCAUGGACACGUUUCACGGUUGGCCCUGUCCUGGUCCAGUCUCCACUUUCCUUUCCCUUCUUGUGCCGGCAAAAUUCCAUCUUUCUUGGGUGGGUCGGGUGCUUCUACAUUUCAUUUUCCAACCGCCAAGGCCCUCUGGUACUGUCGACGGCCCGACGGUUGAAGCAGGCAUGGCUGGGGCUGCUGUUUGUGCAAACGAUUGAGAUUCGAGGAUUGGUCCAGGCUUGGUGUAUGCAGAGAGCGGGGACAUCGUCCCGCAGGCGUAGACCACAAUGGAAUUGCUGUACGCACGAACCGAGGCGCUGCGUGAGGGUGGGAAGGGGAUCGCCUUGUGGUUGAGGCCGCGCCGUUGCGUGGAAAGACCGCUGCACGGGGUGAUGACUGCCAACGUCAUCAAGGUGGUGCCCGUUGCAAUGCAGAUAUCGAAAACUGGUCUUCUGUGGGAGACGAAGAGUUCGGGGUAUCCAAGAAGUAAUAAAGUUUUGACGUGUUGUAUUCUGUUCC